AUGGCAGGAAUCCAAAAGAUACUGUUUUUUCUUUUUCUUGUCUUUUUUCUGCUUUUUCAUGGCAUCGAAGCUACGCGAGGGAAAGCGAUGCUGCCCACUCUGCCGCAAAAGGGGGCGGCUUUCUUCUUCCCCAAAAUGACAGUUCCACCAUCACAGCAUGCAGCAAAAUUCUGUGGAGAGGCUGCACAGCAAAGCGCCUUGUGCCAUCCGGCGCUAAUCUUCUACAUCACUAGGUUAGCGGGACCUGAAGAAAGACUAAGUCCGUCUGUCGAAAGCUCAGUUGUUGGUUUGGUGAUACUAGUGCUUUCUAGUGUUUGA